AGCCCCUGAGAGCGCGCUGGGGCCACGGCGCUGUGAGAACCUGCACGGGCGGAGCAGGGCCGCGCACCAUGUCCCACCACUGGGGUUACGGCAGCCACGACGGACCCGCUCACUGGCAUGAGCACUUUCCCAUCGCCAAUGGAGAGCGCCAGUCCCCUAUUGACAUCUGCCGCAAGUCCGCCAAGUACGACUCCUCUCUGAAGCCUCUUAGCUUCAGUUACGAUGCCAGCACGGCCAGAAACAUCGCCAACAACGGGCACUCCUUCAGCGUGGAGUUUGAUGAUUCUUCCGACAAGUCAGUCCUGCAAGGAGGAGCGCUGGAUGGUGUCUACAGGCUGGUGCAGUUUCACAUUCACUGGGGAUCCUGUGAUGGCCAGGGGUCUGAACACACUGUGGAUGGUGUGAAGUAUGAUGCAGAGCUCCAUAUUGUUCACUGGAAUGUAAAAUACGGUAAAUUUGCUGAAGCUGUGAAGCAUCCUGAUGGCUUAGCUGUGGUGGGCAUCUUCAUGAAGGUGGGAAAUGCCAAGCCUGAGUUCCAGAAGGUUGUGGAUGCUCUGAGCUCCAUUCAAACCAAGGGAAAGCAAGCUUCCUUUACAAAUUUUGACCCCACUGGACUCCUUCCUGCAUGCAGAGACUACUGGACAUACCCUGGCUCACUGACCACUCCACCCCUGCUUGAAUGUGUGAUCUGGCACGUUCUGAAGGAGCCCAUCACUGUGAGCUCUGAGCAGAUGUGCAAACUCCGUGGCCUUUGCUUCAAUGCUGAGAAUGAGCCCAUGUGCCAUAUGGUGGACAACUGGCGCCCGUGUCAGCCUUUGAAGAGCAGAGAAGUCAGAGCCUCCUUCCAGUAGCCUCGGUGCUGAGAGUUAGGAAUUGCUGUGUUUGUGAGGAACCCCUUCUGCUAAGCCCAAAUCAAACUUUGCCAUGUGUGCCCAGGCAACAUCUUGUCUCCCAGCUCCAUUCUUUCUUUUGCUCUGCAUCUGAAAUGCCAUCUAAUGAAAUGUGAAAGGCUCUUGGCCAAAUGGGAAAGGGUUUUAAGGUUUGGGGUUGGGGGCGGCAGGGGGUGGGUGGCUGUGUGCAUUUUGGUGACUAUUACUACAGCUGAAACUUUGGUGUAGCAGUAUGUUGGCUACUUGGGAGAG